AUGACAGAGUAUUAUCAGGGCCCCAAUAACUCGGCUCAACUCAAGGCUGUGACGAUUGUACUUCCAAUCGUUGCGACCUUUCUGGUUAUAUGGAGAAUAUCGUGGCGUGUGUGGAAGAGAGUUAUUGUGCUAUCAGAUUAUUUAUUGGUUCUUGGUCUGUGUCUGAGCUUAUGCCUUGCUGGCUUUAACCUGGACCCGUACUUCCGAUGGGGAUAUGGAUAUCACAAAGCCGAUCUACCGCCCGAAAUCCAAGCCGCACUCACACCAAAACUCUGCUUCUGGCUGAACCAGGUUUUCUUCAAGGCCACCGCCGGUGUCAUAAAGCUCUCAAUUUGUACGAUCUAUAUGAGCAUCUUCAAGGACCCCAUCUUGUGGCGAAUAAGGUUGGCUCGAUACUGCAACUUUGCCCUCAUGUGUGUCAUCGUCGCCUACUACACCUCGGGCACCCUGGUAUCAACAUUCCAAUGCAGACCAAUACACAAGGCGUGGCUCAAAGAUGUGACAGGUGAAUGCAUUGACAAUAACAAGUUCCGUGUGGCAAAUGCCUACAUAAAUGUUAUCACCUCUGUUCUCCUCGUCAUUAUGCCUUUCCCUGUUUUACUGCAGACAAAUCGACGCAAGGAAACAUGGCAGUUCCUCGGUCUUAUCGCAGUCGGUCUAUUGCAUACGGCCUGUGCUUCGUCCCGAGUAGUUCUACUCUAUGUGCCCAACCCAGGGGCCACAACAGAUCCGCAUUGGUACAAUACCACUCCCAACACCCUCGCCAUGUCAGAGAUCUUUACUGCCGUUAUUGUCGCCGCAAUUAUGACAAUGAGACCAUGUUUUCAGAGCUUUGCCCGAGGCGUAAUGUUGAUAACCACGAAACUAUGGUACACGAAAUUUAGUACUAGCCAGUCGAUGGGUUCACUGUUAGUUUCUCCGAUAACAUCAGCCCAUGAUCCGAAACAAAGUGCCAGUCACCGGAGGCUCAGCACGAUGGGAACUAUGGUUGGUGGGGAGCUGACUGGCAUCGAGUUAAGCAUCAGGGAAUGUAGUACGGAGAAGCUAUUCACGUCCGAGUAG